CCAGACAAAAGGAAAGGACGACAGAUCCGCGGAGGCGCGCACUGAGCAGAGCAUCUGAGCACCUUGGAAACGCAACGGGUUUGAUCCGACGCGCAAGAACGAACCGGCACACCGACACGCACGCCCUCCAGAUCUACCUGAAACCUCCGAGCCGGUACAUUGUCCUGUUUGAAGGCAGAGUAAAGAGAAUCUAAACCCCGGUUCAAUCGCAGCCAGAACACCGUGUUCCCAUGAUGUCAUACCUGUGGAUUCUGCUAUUAGGAAGCCUGCUGGCUACAAGCGCCAAGGCACAAGAUGAUGCAGCUCCUGAAGCAGACGCAGCUCCUGAACCAGAAGCAGCCCCAGAAGCAGCUCCUGAAGCAGCCCCUGAAGCAGAAGUAGUUCCUGAAGCAGCUCCAGAAGCAGAAGCAGCUCCUGAAUCAGCUCCAGAAGCAGCUCCUGAAACAGACGCAGCCCCUGAAGCAGACUCAGAAGCAGCCGCAACUCCUGAAGCAGACCUAGAAGCAGCCGCAGCUCCUGAAGCAGCCGCGGAGGAAACUGACAAAGCAGCCGACGAAACAGAAGCCAAGCCUGAGCCUACUGCUGAGCCUGAAGCCGGAGCCGAUGAUACUGUGGUUCCUGAGGCCACUGCUCCAGCCGACACAGAGACAGAUGCCGCUGCAGCAACACCAGCUCCAGCACCUGCAGCUGAUCCAGAGGUUGAGGCUCCAAAGGCUGAGGAACCAACAGCUAAAGAAGAGGAAGCUUCCCCAAGCGGUACUGAAGCACCCACUCAGGAGGAGAGUGGACCUGGGGCAGCAGAUACUGAGGAGAAGCCAACAGACCCUGCUGCUGAAGCAACAAAACCAGCCGCAGAGGAACCAAAAGUGGAGGUCCCAGUUGAAGUUGACACAAUUGUUCCUGUGAAAGUGAGUUUUGACCUGGAAGAUGCUCUGCAAGAAACUGCUGCAGAGGAAAACUCAGGUAAGAGCCGCAGUAUGGGACCUGGAGCACAUGCUGCAGGCGCCUUAGGAGAAGCGGAAAAACCUGAAGCCCAAGAGGCCAGCUCCGGCUCUGUAGCAGGCAUCCUGAGUGCAAUCGGUGUGGCCAUAGUGGGAGCUGCUACUGGAUAUUACACAUACCAUAAGAAGAAACUGUGCUUUAAAAACAGACAAGAAGCUGAUCCUGAAGCUGCCCGCAAAGCUGAUACUGCAGAGGCUCAGACAGAUCCCCAGGUCCUUAGCAACCUGCUAAAAUCCUCCUAAAGCAGCAAUGGUCAUGACAGCUUGGAUCAACAACUGGCAAGAAAGUGGCAAUCUCACUGUUAGGCUCUAUCUGUAGAGCUAAAUGACUGUGAGGCCCGAGUAGGGCUGUGUGCGUGCGUGUGUGUGUGGUGUGUGUGUGUGUGUGUGUGAGAGAGAUUGCAUUUGUAUGUUCAGUCUUGUGUGUGCAUAUAUGUGGGGAGUAAAUAUAAGAGAAUCAAAGGGGGUUUUAUGAUUGUUACUACAAAGGAAAUUAUUGAAACAAUUAGACCAUCUUUCCACUUUAAACCAAAUCAUGAAAGUGGACAUAAAAGAGAUUUAAUCUCAAAUCAACCAUGAAAUGGCAAAAUUAUAGAACUACCUUUUUCUACGGAUACUAUCUAGUUCUAGUAAUUCAAUGUGAAUAUAAACCAGUGAAAGUUAUUGAUGUUGUAGUAGAGGUCUAACCUUUUACUGAAAUCGUAUAAGUGGAUUUUAUUUAGCUUAUUCUGUCAUUGUUUGAGACACCAAUAUGCUUUUAAAAAUCCAUUGGCAACAGUAACUUAAUUAAAUCAUUUUUGUAUUGUCUGCGUUAGAAAUGCAGGAUAGAUGAAUAACAGGGGUCUUCAAUAAGUACCACUGUAUUUCCUGCCCCUGGCAAGGAAAAUAGUGUAUGAUUAUAAUCCUAGGAUUUAUGGUCCAAUGUGUGUUCAGGGGGCCACUGAUGUCACUGUGUGUGUGUGUGUUCUUGUUUUGUCUGUGUGUCUUUUUUUAGUUGGUGAUGGGGCUUAGUUUUAAAUCCUGUUGGGGGACUACCACUUCUCUUCAGUCAGUUCAAUAAAUCAGAGUGAAAGAGUGAAAUUAUAAAUCAAACACAAAAAAAUUCAAAUGAUACAAACUAAUUAAUGUCAAAUUGAUUAAACAAUCAAUUUGUAUUACAAUGUUAUAAGAUAUUGUACAAUUAUAUAUAGGUCUAUAUUUUGAAAUGUACUGAGCUGAAGUGAAGUCUAGUCCAACUCUAUUUCUGUCAAUGGAUGAAUAUUUAGCUGACAUGGACAAAUUCAAAGAUGUCAUGUAGUAAUGUAUUAGAAAUUGUUCUGAUGUAGUCUGUGUCAGUCUAGUUGUGAUGCAGUAAUUUCUCCUCUAUAGUGCCUUCACUGACACAGCCUGGCUUGACCAAUCUACAGACACACAGGGAAUAGAGCUGGGAUUAAAAAAAAGUGAAAACAGACAAAAUAGUAGUUGAAUGUAUUGAAAAAAUACUAGACAAUUGAGGAAUGUAUUAUGUUAUUUGAGUCUUAAUCAUUUUGGUGGUAGAAAAGCCUUACCUUAAACUGCUUGUGAAUGUGAAACUGUUACGUUAGUGUGACAGCUGCUGUAUAUGUGGGUGGUUUGCUGUUUAAUUUCCAGUACAUUUUUAACUAAUAAUGCAUUCCAAACUCGUAACAGCCUCACAUUUCAGCAGUCAAAUUGUCAUUGUGUGUCUUUUUAUUCGAGCAAGCCAGUUGCUGUCACAGUGCUUUUGUAUCAUUCAUAUUUCCACGUUAAGAACAUCAUUCACCUGUGAUUUUUGUAUAUGAAUUUUACAUUUAGCAGCGGCCAACUUGUUGCUGUGGUAUUUUGUGAAUAUCAUUGUAAAAUGCCCCAGAAACAGCGCUACUGCAUUUAAAAAAAGAAAAACAGUUAUUUUGCGGCUGUAGCAGAAAAAAAGUUAACUUCUGAAUGUCUUUUUGUUGCCUUGCAGUUUUGUACUUGCUCUGCUCCCUUUAAACCUUAAAAAGGGUUAUAGAGGUUGCAUAGUGCUGCAGUUCAUGUACAGUGUGUUACUUGUAAAGCACCAUAUAGCUGCAAUACAGGACAGAGACUGUUGCUAACAGCCUAGCCUCAAGCCGAAAUAUAAUAGUCUGUGAUGUCACAUAUUGACUUAUCCUACUGUGUAACUGUGGGCUGGAUGCCGGGCCAAAGUUUGAAAUGCCUUCUGAUCUUGUUAUCUGUGAUGGAGUUUCUCUUGACACAUUGGAGCCAAGUGAAGAGUGUGUCUGAAAUCUCUUACUGCAUCUGCUAUAAGUGAUAAUGCACAAAAUACACACUAAAUAACAGUACAAGCUUUCAGAUAAUAGCCACUGAUGCCUUCAAAAUAAAACAUCCUCCUUGAUAAUGCAGUACUCGCCGUCUUUGUGCACUUCAUUAAGUGCCACAGGAAUCAACAAAAGCACUCUGCUGGCCUGCAGUGCACAUUCAGAAACCUCACUGGGACUGAUUUGAUGAAAAGAAGACUGCAACUAAAAUACAUCUCUUAAAAUUGCACAAGGAAUGUACGUGUUUUCAGCAUCAUGGUCCAUGCCACAUUUAGUCCCAAGAAGUCACUUCCUUGUUAGCAAACUAUUGGAGCAUAGUUUCCAAACCAGAAUGUAAAAUCAAGGAAGUUGUUGACUUAUCGGGUCCUGAAGUGCACUUUGCAGAUAAUGCUAAGGCAUCUAUCAUGGCGCUGACUAGUCCUGCCUUAUACCGCCUCUUGACUAUUUCAGAGGGAAAUAAAGAACAAAAUGUCACCAUCGGAAAGUAAACAGUCAAACAAGCAGAGAUGUUUUUGCAGGUGAUUCAAAUAACACAAACUAUAUAGGAGAAGCACUUUCCUAUCCUGUAUACAUCUUGGUUUAUUAAACAUAUUUAGACAAUUCAUUUUCGAUAUAGACUAGUGUCUUCUACUUUUAUUUAAAGUUUUCAUUUAGUUUUGGAACAGUCUUUUUCAUUUUUUGUCAUCUGGCACUUGUUGUUCUUCUGGAAUUGUGUAAAUAAUGUUUGAGGAGUCAAUUAAACCGUUUUCGUGGGA